AUGGUACGAUUCAACUAUGGCCAUGGUUCGAUAAUCCUCUGGGAUAUAAGAGACUUGAAUGUCAAAGAUCACAAGAAUAUAAGAGUGAAUAUACCAUUCGAUCAUGCCUCCCACAUCGCCUGGAGUCCGGACUCAAAAGCCUUCGUGAUACACACGGUACAGGAGAAUCACAUCCAAGUUUACAAGAUAGAGAAGAAAAAAGAUGGCACUAUAGGAGCAGCUCAUCCAAUGAUCACGUUUGAUAAGGCUCAUGAGGAUGACGUUAUCGGUUUCGGUAUAUCAAGCAAUGGUAAGUUCAUGAUGUCAUGUUCGUCUAAAACCGAUAUGAUCAUAUGGGACCUCAAGGGGCAACAGCUCGAGAGGUUGGACACAUACCUGAUGCACACACACACAGCCAAGAUAUCGCCGUGCGGUCGCUUCGUGGUAGCUACCGGUUUCUCACCGGACGUCAAAGUUAUGGAAGUGUGUUUCAAAAAAACGGGUGAAUACAACCAAGUGACCAAGGCAUACGAGCUAACCGGUCACACGUCCGGCGUUUAUGACGUUGCAUUCGCUGUGGAUACAUCGCACAUCGCAACCAUAUCCAAGGACGGCACGUGGAAGAUAUAUCACACUAGAAUUGAAUAUUCGCGCGGGGAAUCCCCUCAUGUGCUGAUGACCGGAUCCUACACCCAAACAGCCAAUCCUCCGAAGAUAGCUCUAUCACCUAACGCCGAGGUGCUAGCCGUCUCCAACGACUCCAACGUGGAAUUCUAUGACACUUACACCGGCGAACUAUAUGAUACAGUGGAGAAUCUUUACACUGGUCUGAUAAACUACAUGUACUUCGACGCGGCUGGUAAGUAUCUAUUCGUUUGCGGUGAUCGCGCUAUAAGAAUACUACAUAACGUCUGUGGAUACUACACUACUAUCAACAGCUGUAGGAGACUACUGACGUCCAAACAGACGUCAGCUACUCAAGAACGUCUCAAUAACACUAUAUUAGAGUGUAAGAAAACUCUAGAGAAAUUUGGCAAAAAGUACUAA